GAUUUCGGUGUUGGUGUUGGUGUUGGUGGUGUCGGUGGGGGUGGUGGUGGUGAUGGUGGUGUUGGUGGUGGUGGUGGUGGGGGUGGUGGUGGGGAUGGUGUUCAGCAUAGCACAGUGUCCACCAGAUAAUAUUUCUGACCUUGACCUAUCAGAAAAUCUGGAAAACAUUUAA